AUGGACGGUGUAGAUGACAUACUCAAUGAAAACCAAGUGGCCGAAGAAGACGAGGAUGAAGACGAGGAAUUGGACGAAGAAAUGGUUGAUAUAGCGAGAAGAGGUGAUGACCGAGACGGACAUGGCGAUCGCAACCAGGAUCAGGACCAAGAUAUGGACGGUGAGGACAACGAAAAUGAUGACAACGACGACAAUGACGACAACGACGACAAUGACGAUAAUAAUGACAUUGACGAUGACAACAACGAGCAAGAUUCUCGUCGCAGUGACGCAGACGGAGAGGACGACGACGAAGACGAGGACGAGGAGAAUGAGGGAGAUGACGACGAAGAUGAAGACAACGACGACGAUAACUAUGAAGGCGCCGAGGGCGAAGUCCAGGUCAAGAACCCCCCUCAAUUGCCGAGACCGACCUCUGCUUUUGAGAAAGUCCACGAGUAUUACACGCAACUUUCCAAUUCUGCCAAGCUUGCGGACAUCUAUUCUAUAUAUCCCACCGCGGCCAUUCCUAUUCAGACUCACGUUCACAGCAUCACUAUGUCGAAGGGACUCAAGUAUCUGUUUCUAGGCGGGGAGGACGGGUUCGUCAGAAAAUAUGACUUCCUUAAUACCAUCGAAGGCAAGCUUUCGCUGACAAUCCUGCAAAAACAUUCACUCGUAGAGUCGAUAUCCAAUGCAGGAAUUUUACUCUCCUACUGGGAAAAUGAAGUGCCCCAGGCUCGCAAGGACGUUAAGUUGUUCAAGACUGGCAAAGAAUAUGAGCCAGUGGUUUCACCCGUACAUGCCAUAGAAGUACAAAGCGAAUGCAUGUUUCUGCUAAGUGGACUAAACAACGGUGGCAUUACUAUGCAAGGAUGUCGCUUCAUGGAAGGUCAAAUUGCCCACCUUUUUCAAAAGCAUACCAGCACUGUUAAUCAAUUAACACUCAGUAAUAAUGAGGACAGGUUCAUAAGCGGUGGAUGGGAUAAGCAAAUUCUAGAGUGGGACUUAAAUACUGGACAGUAUACCAACGAGUUUGUUGGAUCUACGUCACAAAUUUCGGCACUGGAGUUUAGGCCACUUUUCUCUAGCGUGCAAAUUAGCGACAUCAAUAAUAAUGGCGAGCAGAUAGACGAUACAGGAACGAAAAGAGAGGAUGAUGACCUAGAUUCUCUUUUCGGAGACGAAGAGGAGGAAGAAAAGCGCAAAGCGCAGGAAAAAGCUCAAAACGACACCACUCAGCCAGCUGACCACCCUGCUAACCCCGAGAAUAUUUCUAAGAAGACACUAAAAACAAAUUAUGACGAGAACGUUUUCCUAGCCUCUUGCACCAAUGGUGCCGUACAAGUUUGGGAUCGACGGCUCUCGACGAGGCCCUCUAUGAAGCUUGGGCGCGGCCCUCAAGUACCUCCCUGGUGUAUGUCUGCGUGCUGGUCUACAGAUGGUGACCGAAUCUACGCAGGCAGGAGAAACGCUGUUGUCGAGGAGUACGACCUAAAAAUGGGCACGACCCCUUCAAAAACCCUCAAGUUUCCUAGUAUAUCAGGACCAGUAUCAUGCGUUCGGACAAUGGCUAACAAUAAGCACAUUCUUUGCGCGUCCUACGAUAACAUUCGAAUUUACGACGUUUCACAACACGGUUCUUCUAAGGUGCCAUUUUUGAUUGUCCCGGGCCACCAUGGGGGUAUAAUAUCUAAUCUCUACGUCGAUCCAACGAGUCGUUUCUUAAUCAGCACGAGCGGCAACAGAGGCUGGCAAGGUGUGACGACUGAUACAACUCUCAUUUAUGAUAUAGAUGUGGAGUAG